AUGGCCAGCAACUUCCGGAGCUACAUCUGGGACCCGGUCCUCAUUAUCUGCCAGAUUGUGUUGAUGCAGUGCAUCUACUACAGCUUCCUCGGCCUGUGGUUGGCUGGCGUGGACAGCCUUGUGCAGAGUAGUCGCUCCCUAGAUCAGAUCUUCAGCUAUGAAGUCCUUGGUUUUGCUACCAUGCAGGGAAGGCUCUCGAUGAUGGCGUUUAUCUUGAACUCUCUUACAUGCGCUCUGGGUCUGUGGUUCUUCAUCCGUCGGGGGAAGCAGUGCCUGGACUUCACCGUCACUGUUCACUUCUUCCACAUGAUCUGCUGCUGGAUCUAUAACUCCCACCUUCCCUCGGCGCUCUCCUGGUGGCUCGUCAACGUGGCGUGCAUCGCGCUGAUGGCUGUGAUCGGGGAGUACCUGUGCAUGCGAACUGAGCUCAGGGCCAUCCCAGUCAAUACUGGACCCAAAUCGAACCUGUGAACUGUUCAGAUGUUUUUAAGACCCGAGGAACUCGCUGAUAAGGUUGUUUCCAUUGUUUAGAAACCUACGUGAACAGACCGACUGAAUAGUUAUGGAUCUUAUCAUAAAGUUUCCUCCAGCUGACUGGAUAUUUAUUCAUAGCUGUUUAUUAAAUGUUUGGCAGUAUUGUCUGUGUUAUAAUGUUUUGGAAAGCACACUAUCAUCCCUACAGCUGAUUACGGUUUGUACUUUGAUUCAUGUUGAUGUAUUUAUCAUCAUGAUACUCUGUAUCCACAUUAUCAUCCUGUUUCAGUUCCUUCUUAUAGUUCAUGGUGUAUGAAAUGUAGAAUAUAGUCGUUUUUACUCCUGUACAUCCUGCGCCCCGUGGAAUAAAGUCCUGAACUCUCAGGGUUCUGGUUAAUAAAGUAA